AUGCCCGAUUCAGCAGCAAGUUCUAAUCAAGGGACUACUCUUCCUACAAGCACAACAAUACGUAAAGAUGAGAUAGAUAAUCCUAUAUUUACUUUAAAUACCACGCCAUUGACAACCUAUGGAUCUACAAAUGAGAGAGGCGAGCAACAGUCCAACCUGAGUGCACGUGCGGUAAAGUCAAAUACCACUGCGCAGCAAAGUCAAAAUGAUGAUGGUGGUAACAAUGGUGAUAACCACGACAACGACUUGGUUCCCAAAGUAUUUCCCGAAUAUGAACAAGAAAACACAGACGCUUUAGAUGAAACACAGUAUGACGAGACACGGUAUGACGAAACACGUCUUUUAAUACCGAAUGCACAAAGGCGAUUGCUCCCUGGCAACCAUGAAAAUGGCGAAAACGAAGAUGAAGAUGAUAAUUUGAGCCGGAUAGUAAAAUUAGCCAAAAGACCUAGCUUUAUACUCAUUUGCUGUUUGGGUAUAUCGGCAUUGAUUAUUCUUAACCUCACGUUUCUUCCUAGAACUUCGUUGGCCAGAGACUAUAGAAGAUGGUAUGGCAUACACCUUACCAAAUCCGAUGUGAAGCGCAACUUCCUACGUAUGACUGGCAUUGGUAAAAUUCACGAACAUGUUUCAAAUGAAGAGCACUUGGAUCACUGGCUUCAAAACUUUACCGAGAUUAACAGUAAGGCCAAGUACAAUAUGAUACAUUAUAACAACCCAGAGUUGCUUUCAUAUGUGGAGUCCAGUUUCAAGAAAUUUGGGUUCCACACAGAGCAACACUUUUAUGAUAUUAAUGUUCCCAACCCCAAAGCAGCCUCGGUGACUUUGAAAGACUCACAUAAUCUGGUGCUUUAUCGAUGUGAUAUCUUGGAGCCAGGUUUCAAGACGCCUGCUUUUUAUGCAUGGGGAGCGGCUGGAAAUGUAUCUGCACCGUAUGUUUAUGUCAACCAUGGCUCUUUAAAAGACUAUGUAAGACUUUUGAAUCAAAGUAUUACACUCAAAGGAAAAAUUUUCAUAUUUCAAAAUGUGAUUGGUGGGUCGUCUAACAUCACAACUGAAGAAAAAUUUGCACUAGCUGAAUAUUAUGGCGCUGUUGGUGUUUUGACAUAUACAGAUUUUUCAAGAUCUGAGUUUAUAGACUCGAGUACCAACAAAAUUGACUAUGCGAUAUCAAGGGGUGCAAGUAGUCGAAUUAUUAAAAUACCUACCAUUCCAAUUAGCAAAGCACUUGUUCAACCAAUCUUAACAAGGGGAAAAGCAAAACCAAACAUUGAGUUUGCAGAUUGGGAAUUCUUCCCAGAGUUUGAUCCAGAGCAUAAUCUACAGUUGCAAAUGGAAAUGGAAAUGCAAAAGCAAAGUUACUAUAUUGGUGAUGGUGAAGAAACCGAUGCUAGCACAAACGAACAAGGAAGUACACCGCAGAAACUUGGCAUCGUAGUAGGUACCUUGAAAGGUAUUAUCAAUGAUGCCGAUAUUAUCAUAGGCGCUAGACGAGACUCACUCACUUCCGAGAACCCUCUUUCAGGACACGCGAUAAUGCUCGAAAUAAUGCGGAACUUUCAGAAGUUGGUGAAACAAGGCUGGAAACCAUUGAGAAACAUCAAAUUUAUCUCUUGGGAUGCGUCGCAUUUGGAUUUGGUGGGCUUGAAAUCAUACAUUGACGAUUCAAAAGCAUUCAAAUUGAAACGGCCGGUGCUAUCGUAUAUUAAUAUUGAUGGCGAUGCCAUAAUGGGAAGCCAUUUCCUGAUUGAUGCGAACCCUUUGUUUAAUCAUAUUCUUCGCAAAACAUCAAAGUAUAUACCAAUACCACGCAACUUGACCAGUAGCAAUACUGGUCGUGUCGAGAGAGAUAUUAGUGUGAUUGAUAGCGAGAUGCUGAAUUACGAGCAUAACAAUGAGUAUAAUGGACGAUAUAAUCUGGGAGACGAAUUUCGUGCACUUUUUGCAGCAGAUGAUGGUAAUGAUAAUGUUAAUGAUAAUGUUAAUGAUAAUGAUGGCGAUGGUGAUGGUGAUUAUGAUGACGACUUCAAUGAUGAUUUUACCACCCUUCACCAUCUUUGGAAAAAACAGGAUCAAUUACAUAUUAAUAACAAUUUAGGUUGGCCUGUGUCCUCUUCCGAAUCUGGCUUUUUUCAACAGCAUUUAGCAGCACCUGUUAUCAAUGUUAAAUUUGCAAACGAUGAGAAACGAGAUGGUGGUAUGUAUGUGCCAAACUCCAACUUUUACUCUCGAAAAUGGCUUAUUGAACAAUCGUCAGAUAGGCGUUUGCAUUUGCAUGGUGCUUUGGUUAAAUAUGUUGGUCUUUUAGCAAUAAGCUUGAGUGAGCAUGAAGUUGCCGAUUAUCAUACCCAUUUGUAUUUCAAGGAAAUUGAAACGUACUACAAAACGUUGUUGACUCUUGAACAAGAGAAAAUAAGCAAUACAUGGGCAGACUUUAUAGUACCAAACUAUUUAAUCUACAGGUAUUCAAUCUUUCAAGAUCUUGACACCGAUGAUCCCGUGACGUUUAAACAAAUUGUUGAUCAAUUUUCCGAACUCAUGAAUUUGACAGUGUACCAAUCACAGAUAUUUGACAACUGGAACGAUAUCGUUGAGGAUGGCUUAACGCGCGACUACCCAUGGUACAGGUAUUACAAAAAAUUGCAACAUUUUGCCCAAUUCAAAGUGUCUAACUACAAGUUGACUCACCUCGAGCGUGAUCUACAGUUGACGGAUCAGGAUAUUACUUAUUUGUCUAAUAAGGAUCCGCAAAGUUUUUCCAAUCGAAAAGAACUAAAUUUUUUUGAUUUCAAGGCUAUUGUGAACAGUUUGAAGGAUAAAGCUUAUUAUCACUAUGACUCGGUAAUUUAUGGGAAUCCCAAAUUUAAUGUUAAAGAAGCAGAGUCAUGGUAUACAAAUCGUACCGUGAAAAGUACUUUCACUCAGUUGUAUGAGGCAAUUGAUAAUGAAGACUAUGAAUUGACCGUCAAGUGGUUUGUUCUUAUUUACGAAAAACUCAUAAACAUACAAUACAAAAUGACAUAA